UCCUCAGUACGGAUUUCGACUCGUCCCGGGCAAGUAAUGAAAAAUCGACACGUGCGGAUAGUCGGAGUUUUCCCAGUUCCACAAAACUUUGUAUCUGUCUCUGUACACACAUCAUCUGCUGGGCCAUUCUGCGAGUGCAGUGGGGAGUGCUGUUUUGGUUGACCCUUCCCUUUUUGGACGGAUGCAUUCGCGGCAGAGUACGUGCAGAUUCCGUUGGUAGUUUACUUUUUCCGUUCUUUUUUCUCGGUUUUUAAUUGGACAAACUACUUCGGGUCAACAAGUUACCGUAAGUGUUAUAGGUUUGGGCUUCCCCAUCCGGGUUCCGGGGUGAAAUCGCGCGCGGUUGGUAAUGAUGGGGCUACGCGAUCUGAAUCAGAAUUUCGUUCGGAGUGAGGUUGCCUUUUUGAGCUGAAAUGAAGAUUAGGUGACGAAAGAAAACGGCAGCGGAAAUCGAUCUCCAGCAGAGUGUAUUUUUUUUUGCUUUUCCAUGGUCUGGUCGUGGUGAGGAAAUCUGAGAGGCAUUAGAAAGGAAGCAAACGAAAAAAAAAGGAACGAAGUCAAAAUAAAAGAAUGUAAGGAUGACAGUCGUGCCGUGAAUAAGUAAUGCUUCUGAUAGUCAAAAAGUGGUUCAAAGUGGUGCUUUUUUUCGCACUGUUGGUCCGAGAUUCGCUUGGGGUUCGGCCGUUCGUACCGAGCGCGAAGGGAUCCGUUAUCUGCUGAGGGAUUUGAAUGCGCCCAUUGGAUCAUGAUACUAAUCUGAUUUGCAAGCAAACUUCCCCGGCCGAAACCGAAUGACAAACGGGGUGACCCGAGAGAGGGACCAGCUUCUAGUGCAUGAGGAUUACCCUGAACAAUAUUGCCGGCGAAGAGGGGCCCGAAAAAUGACUGUUUCGUUCCGUCGAUUUAAGUCGUCUCAUUCGGCAGGAAAUUUGUUUCUGAUGAUUCGCACACAAAAGAACUGAUUUCGGUUCCGUCGUCCGUCUGAUGGUUCAGCUUUUUUUUUUGCCUUCCUUCUUAUGCUGGUUGGAAGAACGGAAACGGAAAAGCCGGCAGCGGAAAACCAACAAGUGAACAGUAGCUGCCGCAUCAGCAACAGUCGCCGCCAGGAUCGAGAAAAUAAAGUGAUUCUCUGUGUUUCGGUGUGUUUGUUCUUAGGGCUGCUGUUUGCUGAUUCAAAUGUGAUAUCGUAACCGUGAAGCAGAUAAAUGGAAAAUGUAGAAGCGACUGCGAUGGUUUUUGUUCGGUUUUCGUGAACAAGAAGAUAGAGGGAAAGAGAAAAAAAAUAGGAAGAAAAAAAAUGAAAACGUGCACGUGUGGGUUGGCAGGAUUCCUGUGAUAACAAAAGAACGGCACUGAAAAGCGAAGAUCGUUUUUCCGUUUUCGAGCAGACUAGGGCGGCGGAAAGGGACAGUCGGAGAAGGAUUAAUCUCACGCCGGAUUCAACGACCCUCUAACCGCUGGAUUCGAAGUUUAGUUGCCGGCUCAUCGACUUUGUGGCACCAUUGGAGAAGAUCGUUCCCCCAUAACCACAUCCAACAUUGCUUCCUGUGGCGAAGCUAGCGACGACCAUUCCGGGCGGUCUCAUUUCGACGCUGUGUGUCCCGUUCGGCAAGAUCAACCGACGAAGUAGUGGCAAUUGUAGCAGCCCUGUGCCAGUGCUGCCAGCGCUGAAAACAAUCCGAAGCACUACGCAUUACACCAUCCGGGCGGCCGUACGCCGGAAGAAGCGUCGAAGACGGAAGAAAAAGCUACACAUCGCGACGACGAUGGGCCACUACCAGGUGGCGUUCAGCACUAUUACCACAACUACUAUCCAAUGAUGAUACGAUAACUAUUGAACUGUAGAGUAGCACUAGCGGCACUGCAGCAGUGUGCGUACCAAUUCAAGACAACAACAAAAAAAUCAUAUAUUUGUGCAGUUGUAUUGUUUUUAUUUUCCGGAGUGUGUUGCCUUCCGUUCUCUAGAUAAAUAAUUAUUAUAGUCAACAAGUUUUUUGCUGUUUGAAUGACAACACGUCACACUUUUUCACAAGCCGAUUCCCCCAAGGGCCAAGUGGAGCACACAAUUAUUGCGGAAAAUCGGAAUUUCGGAACAAAACGGGUAUUUCAAUCGUUGUUAUUGAUCGUUUCGUAGCAACAAUAGAAGCAAAAUAAUUAACAAAAAAAAAAAACAAUCGACGCGCAGAAAUAUAUUAAUCGAGCCUCACGCAAAAUUACGUAUGUGUGUAUGUGUGCGCGCAGGAUAGAGCAAGAGAGCGAGAGAAACGGCGUACCGGAAUAAGCCGCUAGUCGAGCCGGUGAAAAGGAGAGGAAAGUGCGCGUUUAGCAAGUGUUACGUUAGGGAACCGAUUCGGGAAAGUUUCAGGAAUAUUGAAUUGGUUGAAAGUGAACGUGUAGAUAUUGGAAUUAUUAGUCUAUUUGUGUACAUUAUGUAGUCCAAAGACAGCUUCAGUGAGAGUGUUGGAUUUCUAUUCAUCAACCGUAAGAAAAUAGCUUCAUUUGUAAAUAUAAAACUAAACACAAAGAAUUUGAUUGCAAAAAUUGGGACCAGCCAAUCGCUCCAUUUUUACCCUCCCCCCAGCUGAAUGGACUACCGAAUGCAGCGCACUCUGUAGGCCCAGUAGUCAGUCAGAGAGUACAAGACUACCAAAACCACCACAGCAAUGGAUUAUCCCUUGAUAGUGGCGGGAAACAUCUCGCAGGAGGAGGAGGACUUUCUGGCCAUUGUGGGCGGGAACGGAUCGUUUGUCGGGGGUGUGCACGUGUUCAACGACACACUGAAUGGAGUGCUGGCCACCGGUGGUGACAAUCGGACUUUGUUCCAAGGCUACCCGAGCGGAUACACACUGCCGCACAUCAUCAUCGCUUCAAUUAUCGUGACAAUACUUAUGAUAGUGAUCGUAGUUGGCAAUAUGCUGGUGAUCAUAGCGAUUGCCACCGAGAAGGCGCUCAAGAACAUCCAGAACUGGUUCAUAGCAUCGUUGGCUGUGGCUGAUUUCUUUCUCGGGCUGGUCAUUAUGCCAUUCUCGUUGGCCAAUGAGCUGAUGGGUUAUUGGAUCUUCGGCAACUGGUGGUGCGACAUCCACUCGGCAAUGGAUGUCCUGUUGUGUACGUCGUCCAUUAUGAAUCUGUGCUUGAUAUCGCUCGAUCGUUACUGGAGCAUAACGAAGGCGAUCGAAUAUCUCAAAUCAAGGACACCAGCCCGGGCUGCGUUCAUGAUUGCUGCAGUGUGGAUCAUGUCGGCGCUGGUGUGCAUUCCGCCGCUGCUCGGCUGGAAGGCACCUCGACCGGAGGAACACGUUGCGCUUCCACAGUGUCAGCUAAGCCAAGACAUCGGUUACGUACUGUACUCCGCGCUCGGGUCAUUCUACAUUCCAAGCUGCAUCAUGGUGUUUGUCUACAUUAGGAUCUACUAUGCUGCGAAGGCGCGAGCCCGCCGAGGGAUCCGUAAAAAGCCGCUGAAGCCGCCCAGUGAACAGGACACCAGUUUCACUCGUCCUAUCGGCACCAAUCCGAUGCCGUCUCUCCCCAGUGCCUCAUCCGUGUCGGCCGGCGCCGUAGCCCCUACGGCUACCAGCGUCAACGGUCAGCAUGCCGCUGCCAACAGUAACAACAACAACAAUAGCUUAAACAACAACCCCGGCCACCAGCAGCAGAUAGCAACGAUAGAACCACCGCCCAGAGGCCUUGGGGGCGCCGGUGGAGCCAGUGGGACAACCAUGGCCAUUCCGGUGGUGACAUGUGACUUCGCCUCGGACAUGUCCACCAGUGAAGCGGCGGAUCACGAUCAUGCCGCAGUGAUGCAGGAAAUGAAGGAUACACUGAAAGUGGUCAAACCGGGUGGUGGGCUAACGGCCCUGCCGCUUCUUCGGGGUAACAACGGAGCAGCCGCUAAUUCGGGAGCAACGAUAAGUCCGGGUGGUCUUGCACGGAACCGAGCACUUUCGGUCGGUAUCGAGACGGACAUGGUCAGUGAGUUCGAUCCGUCCAGUUCGGACUCGGGUGUGGUCAGUAGGUGUGCUGUGGUGAAACCACUGAAAUUCAGGCUGUGUCAACCGAUUUUCGGUCAGAGAGGCCGAGGUCGAAACAAGAACAACAAUACCAAGAGUAACUGUGCGGGAGCUGGAGCGGGCAUUGGGGUGGGCCAACAGACGAUUUCGAUAUCUGCCCGGGCGACAGACAGUGCAUGCAGCGAAAUGGAACCUGCCUUGCCCAAGCCAAAGCCAAGGGAUCCGGAGAAAGAAAAACGAAGGAUAGCGAGGAAGAAGGAGAAGAGGGCGACCCUGAUCUUGGGGUUAAUCAUGGGCAGUUUCAUAGCCUGCUGGCUGCCCUUCUUCUUCCUGUAUAUUCUGGUGCCCGUUUGCAAGGACUGUCACAUACCGGAUAUUGCAUUUUCGCUAGCAUUUUGGUUGGGAUAUAUGAACUCGGCCUUGAAUCCGGCCAUUUACACUAUAUUUAACAAGGACUUCCGGCGGGCUUUCCGACGAAUUCUGUUCAAGUGAUGUUUGGCUUAUGUGUGCUGCUAUCGCUGCGUUUCCCGGAGUAUCGAAAAAGCUACGGAGCGGGCGGUCAGCGGUGCACAGCUUGGUGGUGGAGGUUACCGCGGAGGCUACCUCCGAUAACCCCCUCAACAGAAUGGCCAACUGCUUCACUGAAGCUAUCGUCCCUGCGUUCAUACUGAAACAAAACUAGUCGGUGACGCCGACAACCUAAGACUAAAACACCAAGUGUACGCACACACACAAAUACACGCACGCACGCAAACAUACAAAUGAAGAAAAAAAACAUACGUAGGCCUCAAAACAGGGGGCAUUUCCAAUCAUCGUAGUAUCAAGUCCCACCCGCCGCCAGGAUGCUGGCUGAGAAGAAUUUAUCUUUUAGAAAGACUAAGCAAAAUAAAACUCGCAAAUUUUAUACGAAGUACACUAUCUAUACUUUCAAGGUUAGAUGUCGAAUCGUCUAGGAAAUAAACUCCAAAAUCUUCCCCCACCCGAACUGUACCGCCCGCUCCCGCUUCCUACUUUUAUCAGCAGGGCUGGACCCGGUUUUGAGAAGGCUGUGGGACCUAACCCUCUUCCACGAAAGAGAGACAGAGACAUACACUAGGAAACAAACGAUAGCACGUAAGCAAUAAUAGUUAUCUCACUCUUGAGUUUCAAAUUACUAGCGGUAGGUUUCGAAUAAUACUUAUAGCAGAACAAAUCGAGUCAAAAUAUGUGUAGUACUUUUCUCACGUUUAAGGAUAAGGCCGAAUACGCAACGGAAGUAGAGGAGCGAGGAGAAUCGUGUAAAAAUUAACAAACUCUGGCAGGUGAAUACCGGUAUAAAAAUAAACAAUUAGAAUUUUUAUAACUGAGACUGGAGCCGACUGGUGGACUACAAAUGUGCCCCUAUCUAGUAAAACAAAAAUCUACCAGCCGUCUCCUGUCCGCUUGUAAAUAGUCUGUACAUAUACAACUUCAGCAGUUCGUCAUCGUUUCGCACUCACCAAAACAUUCAAACAGUGAGCUAGAGUAACUAGUGCAAGCAGCAUUCAUAAACCAAAACGAAACCGUGUUUUAAUCAAGCAAUAAAUCCAUGCCCUUGUGGGUCAAUCUCACGGGGUCGGGGAUCCACAGGAUCUGUACAUAACCUAAUCAAAUAAAAACAAAACGAUUGUUAGUGUUCUACUAGAGGAAAUUUUAACAAGUGGUAAUCAAAAAAAAGCUCGUUCUGUACAUAAGUGUUAUUUUCCUAAAAGGAUAUAGUGAUUCUUAUACAACCGAUUUGUCUAACACAAACGUAAAAAAAAACAGACACACACACUCACAAAAAGUAUAGUUUUCAAUAUUAUAGUAAGUGUUACCGAGUAAACUGUGUGCAAACCAAUACUUUUACAAGAACAAAACUAUAUUAAAAAAAGACGACACGAACGUAAGGCAUGUUGUUGUUUGUGAUGGCUCCGUUGGCCUUCGAAAAGCCAACGUAAAAAAACCUAUGAAAGAAAUCAAGUGAAAAUUUUGCCUGAUCCCUUCCACCAGGGGACCGGAUUUUGCACCGGGAUAGGGAAAUGUUGAAGUCGAGAAAAAAAAGCUGGCAAACCUGUACAGUCGGAACAUUUCCCCCAGUCUGGUCCCGGGAAGGUGACGGUGCGCAACCUUAGGCGGUCUUCUUAGGCUGUAGUUAAAGCCUGCAGAAACAGAUUUAAAAAAAAAAACUAGAAAAAAAAGAAGCUAUAAAUAAAAGUUAGUUUGAGGAAUAGAAUUCUAAAUUCUUACAAUUAUUAAUCAACAGCAGCUAGGUGUAUAUUUUUCUUCACACGAAUACAAUAUAGUUACCCGGGGACGGAGGAUACUCGGAUUUUGGUGUUUUAGGAGGGACGUGGAUGAAAACGAGCGAUUUAUUAGUGUCUAUUUAGAUAAAACAAAAAACAGAGAAAAAAUUAAACAAACUGCGACUACCGCCAACUAGAUCAAGAGAAAAAAAAAACACAAAAAGGUAAGUAGACUAUUCGAAUACUAUUAAAAAAUACUAUUUUUUAUACAACUACCAUUGAUGUUGUUAGGUGAAACAAAACAAAAUCAAAACAAAAAAAAAGAAAAGCUAAAUAAUAUUGGCAGAAUGCAGUGUGUCAUGACGUCAUAUAUAACAAUAAAUAUAUUUACUACCGUUUUGUGUUGGACUUCCAAGCCCCUACUUUAGAGCAACAAUGCGCAACAGAACUGGAUCACUCUCCCCUGCCGUCACCCCACACACACAUUCGAGGUCAGCGCUCACAUACGCCAUGCAUACAGAGAGCGGUAUCGGUUCGCGAGGUAUUAGAGGAUAAAUUUUGUCUGUUACUAAAUUCACCUUAAACACGUUAUUAGUAGCAAAGGCAGCAAGAGUAAAUGCCACCAAGCGCGCGAAAGGCUAAGGUUUCUCGUUGAUAGUUUUUAGGUAUCGCAACAUCAUUACUGAUCGGAGGGGUGCGUAGUAGUGCAGAACCGGUUCGAAAGCUAACACGCACAGUGCACAGUGGUUUAAAAUACCAAUUUCGCGAACUUAAUUCUGUAGUGGCUAAGUCCUUUGCUUUAGGACUAUAGUGUCUUUGAAGCAAUUGCUUGUAUUGAAAUUGCCCACAUUACGGUAUUAUGUAACAACAACCAUAGCCUACUAUGGCAAAAAUAAAACUUUUAACUUUCUUGUCUCUGCAUGAAACUCAAAGCUGUCUUCAGGAAAGUUGUAGAUUAUUUCAUUACAAACAACUUUGCCAACGAGACUUUUUCUCUAUGUACUGUAGAUUUUGGAAAAAAUUAAGUUUCAUAUGACAAUGUCUGUAAAUUCAGUUUUUCGCUUCUAACUUUCUUGUUUGAUUUUUUUUUUCUAAAUACAAUGUUCUGGAGAGUUUUAGGUCUUAUCAUGUUCUGAAAAUUUUAUGGGGACACUGUACUGAAAUUCCUUUUGGUUCAAAAGAUAUAAGCAAUUUCAACAAUAAUUCACCCAAUUUUCUACUGCGAAUUAGAGAAAAAGGGGGACGCCUGGAAGCAUACACUCACCGCCAUUUUUUAGUUUCAGGUUAGUACUACAAAAUGGUGAAAGGGUUACUCGUCCGACUCGUCACGAUUUUGAGUACGAGCUUGUAACAUUUUUGUAGUUUUGGACAUUCUUCCUUCAGUGUAACGAGAUAACAUCAGAGUUAUACGUUUCUGGAAGAAGAAGAAGUAAGAAUAUAUUUAUAUGUUUUGCUUAAAAAUGCUGUUCGCUACCGAAGUAGUCCGAUAACCUACUGAAGUUUUUAACAAUAGGUACAAUUAUAUUCUCUGAAAUUAUCCAUAAGUGCAAAAUAAGAGGGGAAAUUAGUAUUAGUCUAUCUCCCAUGGCUUAUGGUUUUCACUAUCGCUUACUGACGUUAUUUACACUGGUAACCCACACAUUCACCAAGAAUACUCAUAAUCCUAGCAGUAUUCAGUGUUUUGCCUUUUUGAGUUUAAUAAAAAUUUGCAUCGUUCAAAACGUCGGUAUAUUGCAAUAAACGCGGGUUAUUUGAUGUAUGGAGAAACGCGCAAGGUAAUUAGUCAGUUGUCAAAGCACUAAUUAUUAACCAAAUUUCACAAGUAAGCAGUAAUUAGAAAUUUAAAUCUGAAUACAAAUCACAUGUACACCCAUUUUUUCACAUACAUACGUCACAUACAUACACACACUUACAUAUUCAAUCACAUAUGCUCAUACAUAUGCUUACACAAAUCGUUCAAAAACGUAUAACUCUGAUGUUACCUCCUUACACUGAAGGAAGAAUGUCCAAAACUACAAAAAUGUUAAAUGCUCGUACUCAAAAUUGUGACUAGUCGGACGAGUAACUCUUUCACCAUUUUGUAGUACUAACCUGAAACUAAAAAAUGGCGGUCAGUGUAUGCAUCCGGGCGUCCCCCUUUUCCUCCAAUCCGCAGUAGGAAAAUGGGUAAAUUAUUUAUGAAAUUGCUUAUAUCUUUAAAACCAAAGAGAAUUUUAGUACAGUGUCUUCAUAAAAUUUUUAGAACAUGAUAAGACCUAAAACUCUCUAGAACAUUUUAUUUAGAAAAAAAAUCAAACAAAAAAGUUAGAAGCGAAAAACUGAAUUUACGGACAUUGUCAUAUGAAACUUAAUUUUUUCCAAAAUCUACAGUACAUAGAGAAACAGUCUCGUUGGCAAAGUUGUUUGUAAUGAAAUAAUCUACAACUUUCCUGGAGACAGCUUUGAGUUUCAUGCUGAAACAAGAAAGUUAAAAAUUUUAUUUCUACCAUAGUAGGCUAUGGUUGUUGUUACAUAAUACCGUAAUGUGGGCAAUUUCAAUACAAAUAAUUGCUUCGAAGACACAAUAGUCCUAAAAUUAAAAACUCAGCCACUACAGGAUUAAGUUCGCGAAAUUUGUAUUUUAAACCACUGUGCAGUGGUGAGGUUUGACUAGGCGCGUUUCGGGUGGGUCUCAUUUUAAUAUAUUUUUUUUUUACUUUUGUUUUUGAAAUAUUCCAUUCAAACACAAGGUGCAAGUGCAGUCAAUACACGGCGUUUACUAAUCUUGUUGUACGGUGACGUAGACUUUAGACCAGGGUUUGACAAUAUCAUUUUCAAUUGAAAAUUGUCAGGCUAUAGUGACGCUAUUAACUUUCGCUUCCAGUUGAAAAUCAUUUGUUUCCUUUUCGGGCACCGCAGCUGUCAAAAUCAAUUCAAAUGCAUUCGAGUAGUUUUCACGUGUAUCACUACUCGAAUGCCUUAGCAUCGAUUUUGACAGCUGAAGUGCUCGAAAACGAAGAUUAAAAGCGUCACAAAUGCAUUUUGAACUAUUAAAAGUUGGUAUUUAAUCUAAAAUUAAUUUUUUUUUAUAUCGAGUUGAAGUUCAAGAUGUAACUAUGACACUAUCGACAGACAAUUCGAUGCAGAUGGCCAGCGCUGGUUUAAAACUUAAUUAAUUAUCUAAGCUGCGAUAAAUCCUUCGUUCAGUAGAUCGUGGAUUGAUUGCUUACUCGAAAACGAAUCUGCAUCUCGCUUCUUAUACGGAUCCACUGCACAGCUGUUUUCUUCAAUAUCUAAAGACUUUUUCUCCAUUAUUUGUUUAUUUUCGAAAAUUGUUUUCUAACGAUUUAUUUUUUUUUAAAUUUCAUGACAUGAAUAAUUAUUCAUUUUCUCAAUUGUUUGAUGUUACAUAUAUUAUAUUCGAACUAAACUUACAAAAUAAAUUAAAAUGAAUGUGAUUGAGAAAAAAACAAAUUACAAAAACCAUUGCUCAUGAAAAAAUACUGGAUUGCUCAAAAAAAUAUUCACACAUGCAGAAGUUAGUCUCUGCAAUUUGUUAUUAACAUUAGCAAAGCUUGGAAUAACGAAGUACUUUCCUCUUUUAAUCACUGAUAGUUCAAAUCCCUCUCUAAUACUCCGAUAUAACUUCACACGCAUGAAACAUCUGUCAUCUGCGUUACAUCACAGAAACCUUUUAUAGUGUUGCGUAACAACAUAACAAUCCUUAUCCCAUCACCACCAGCUUUGUCUACUUCUUUGUUUUCGUCUUCUUCUACAUAAGUGAACAAAUAUUAUUUGAUAAGAAUGAAAAAAAGUUGGCUUACUGUGGCGCAUUUGCAGGAUAGAAGAUAAACCUCUGCUUAAUUCUUAAAACUUUGAAAACUUUAUGUCGAUAUAUCAAAAUAUUUUAAAUCAAAACUGUUGAUCAGAUUUUACAUAAUGUUAAAAAAUAAUGGCCAAUAGCAUAACCCGAUCCCGGCGGAGACAAAUCAGUUUUUACCUCAAAAAAUGAACUUCAAACUCUCAUUACUUAUCAAGUAUAAACAUAAUUAACACAAACUGUAUUGCAAAUUAAAGAUCAAUCUGUACCUUACUGAAUAAUUUCAUCGUGAAAAUUUUCAAGUAUAAUUGUUGAACGGAAAUGGGUUUAUCUUAUACUCUAACUUUUUUUGAAACAGUAAAAAUUUUCACGUAUCAGCAAAAUAAUUAUUCCUUCCUCCGUACAUCUUGAACGUCGUAGUAUACUUAAAGAAUUAUUUUGGGGUACAAUAUGUGCAGCAUGUCUUGUGUAGGUUAAAUAUCUUCUCUAUUUUUAAAAAUAUCGAAAAAAAAUUAUAUUGCUUUAUCUUUGAGUACAACUUCUUGAGAACAUUUUUGUACAUUUUGCUUUGAGUAAUAGGGAGAAAGUUGGAUAGAUUUCAAGUGCGGCUUGUCACGCGCUAUAAGCUAAACUUGAAACUCGAUAUGAUGUUUUGCAUACAAUGGCUUUGGUGAGCUACAGCCGGUUUUCUUAAAUUUUUCUGUAAAUGUUCGUUAUUAACGUCUUCGGUCGUAAUUGAUAUUUUUAAUAAACAAACAACUUUUUGCUAUCGAAUAACUGUACUAUUGAAAAAUUACAAUUUCAAUGCAUAUAAAAAUUGUUUCAUACUUAAAAAAAACCAAACUGCUUAUUUUCUCGAGCAAAAAAGUUUAUAACUCCCAUUAUUUUCUUGACUCUUUCAUAGUCUAUCCUCAAUGAACUACAACAGGUACUGCCUUAUUUCAUCACUUGACAACCUAAUUUUGAUGGUAAUGCCAUGACAUUACAGAACUUAUGGGACAUGUAACUAUAAAAUGACGUUCAUAAUCAACCGGCAGUGGUUUGGCUAACUUUAGAUUUCAUUUACAUGCUUGAUAUCUUCGAUACUACGUCUUUCUUACAUCUUAAAUGGGUCUUCCGCCCUUUAUUACGUUUUUGGCGGUUUUUGUCGAUGCACCUGCAUCAGAACCUAUAGCCAUGUGCUAAUUUAACACGUGUGCCGAAUAUUAGUUAGGACGCAGUUAGCUUUGAUUUCCUUACGACUGGCUUCAUACCAGGCGAGAGGAGGUGAGUGGAGGACUAAAAGCAAAGGUAAUUUGUAGUCAGAACAGGAGUGUUUGCGUUGCUACCCACAAAAAAAUAACAAAUUUUAGUGUACCUCAGCUUCAGAGUUUGCUUGGGAAAAAGGCAAUUUGAGUAAAUUUCGUUUGUCGUGCGCGUGACUGAAAGACAAGCAAACUAUAUAUAUUCCGAUGUGUAACCGAAAUCAAUGAUGAUAGUCAUUGCAAUACGGAACGAAAAAAACAGUGGUUUUGCGCGCUUACAACACUCACACUCAAUAUGGGUUGCGUUGUAAUAAGGACAUGAGUGCGGAUGAGUAUUGAAAAUAGAGAAUAGAAUAAAACCACGUAAAAGAUUAAGUGUUUUCUUGCUAUCUUUAGCGAUAGCGCUUACCGUGCAACCCGCGUGCUCUACAAAUAAAGUGUUGCAGAGUUCAGUCAAUGGUCAAUUCGAGAACAACAUUUGUUGUUUACCGCAUAAUAUAAACAGUAAGGUGCAAAAAGAAAUCAACUUUUCAAAUUUGGCUUAGCGGUAGAUAUCAAAAGUUUUGUUUCUCUCCGAUUUGAGAAGAUUAGGUUUAGGUAGAAUAUGUUAAAUAAAUUAAAGCUAUUAACCGAUUAGAUUCCGGGCGGUCACUUUUUUUCUCGCGUACGUGGACUUGUAAUCAGCGUUGCGGUGCGCGAAGCGAGAAGCAAACACUUUCUACUCCUUUCUGCUUAAAAACGAGACAUAUGCUACGCUUUUGCUCGCACGUUUUCGAGAUACUCUUUAUUCUUCAUUCACCCGCCGGAGUAGCUGCUGCUGCUGUGCUGGCACACAGGAACUCUUUUGUCUUGCUACUCAGUGACUGUUAAAAAUUUCGCGAGUUCCUGCUUGCGAGUAGGAGUACUGGACUAAAGUUGUUCGACUAAAAGGAGUGCUUGAAAAAAUGGGCUCGAAAACGAUAAUGCUUCCUUCAUCUACCCGGUUUUGCUUCGUGCACCGACAGCUGAAAGUGGGCGACGAAUCUGUAAAGUAUCGCAUACUGGAACGUGUAGGGUAUCGGACUACUUCGGUAAGUUUUUACAGCAGUCUAAUGCAAAACCAGCAGAAGCAAACCGCUACCGAAGUAGACCGAUACCCUAUUUGGAAUAUGCAUUUUGGAACAGUUGUCUUCGGUUGAUUGUGCUCGCGAGCAGGGGAGUACAUGAAUCGAAUUUCUAGGUGUCAGGAAGUUUUCAAACUGGAAGAUGCCUAGUAAGUUUUUUUUUAAUUUUUUUGAAACAACGCCGAAGUUUAUGCAAUUCUACGACACUUGGUCAGGGGAAAAAAUGUAAUGAGCGAUGACAGUUUUUUGAUGACAUCCGAGAACGUCUCUCUAUGACAGUGUUGGUAUUGGCAAAAAAAAGACAGCCGACAGAUAAAAUAUAUUGCGACUAUAAUGUUGCCGUCUAGUUCCUCAUACACGAAGGUUUUUUUUUGCUGUUCACCUUAUUCCCAUGUCGACGAUAGCAUGUGUCAUUGUAUAUAACAUUCGGUAUGCGAUACUCACAUCCUUCAGUGCACAGUCGCUCUAUUGCCAAGUUUGCUAUUCUUUGCACGCAGGCUAUCGGCAAGGUACCGAGCAGUUCUUGCGCUUCUUCUUCUCACAGCCUUUUUGAAUAGCAAUCACCCGACAACCAUCAUAGACAAAUAAAAAUAGAGAGUAGAACUGUCUUCAGUGGAUUCGGGACUACGAAGCUGCUGAUAUUUGUUUGGUUUUUUGCAUAAGAGAUUAAAGGAAAGAAAUAUUUUUGCUUUUGUCAACACGCAUAUUCUGACAAUCUAUAUGAGAGUUUACGUGAGUGUGAGUAGCCUUCAAAAUCUUUUUGAGCUUCGUAGUCGCGAAUUCGAGCUGUAACCGGAACACGCUGUUUGUGUAGUGCAGACACGAACGUCUGUAUAAAAUGGUAGGAGGGUGGUAUCCAAGACACGACCGCAUAGUUGACGUAGAACUACAAUAGUUUUAUAUUUUCCUUCGAGGCUCUGUUUGAUUUGAGCUCGUUUUACUUUUGGCACGGUUUAAGCUCGACAUCUCAUCAUCAUCAACCAUCAAUCAGCUCAACCGGAAUAUGACCGGAGCAUGUGCCCGUCAUAUAAUGAUCAUGAUCUAAGCAGUACUAAGCUUCUAAGUACUUGGGUAGUAAUAUCAAGUAUCUGGGUCGUCAGCCUCAAUUCAUAAAGCUACACCUUAAACGACUUGGAACUAAAACUAGUUCGGGGCCAUCCACAUACCACGUGGACAGCUUUUUAACGAUUUUGCCCCCCCCCCUCCCCCUCCGGGGACAACUGCCCAUAUAAAUUCUAAAAAAUUGUAUGGACCGUGGCGUGGACAUAAGCCACAAUUCAAACACAAAUGAAUAUAGAGUUCUACUGCACUGAUAGACGACGAGUGACCAGCGCUCUAUUCAUACAUUGCUCGGUACAGAACUGUUGCCUGUGCCAGCAUGUUUUCUGAAGAAAUUUCUUGUCUGAUAGUGAAGGUGAUUACGAACUUUCCAAAAAAGCUUCACCUUCAAGACAUCAAAUCAGUCUAAGCUCAUGGAAGCGAACAUUAGUUGACGGGGAGAUUCUGUCUUUUUUAUUUUUGCCACUGCUAUACCGGAUAUCACAGCAAGCAGUUGGUGUCUACUCAUGAAGUCUGUGCCAGGCGUGCUCGCAUGUGAUUGGUACAUUGUUCGUGAAAAUUCGACCUUGGAACUUUUAUGAAAUUUUCACUGUUUAAUAUUGAAAUGAUAAUGAUAACUGAGGAAUCACAAAAUUGUCCAUCAUUUUAUCAAUCAUGUGGUUACAUCAGUAUCACCGUUUGAAAUCUUUCAUUCCGAAGUUACACCUUGGGCUUAGUUUCCGCAGAAUGUGCGGUUAGACGUGUUCCUACGUGAAAAACAGCUUCUUCUCUUUUCUACAUUUGCAAGCCCGAAGACAUCCUCCUAAUAAUGCCGAAUCGACACACGGAUUGGGAAACAUCUAAUGCACGUGGUGGGAGUGAUAUGCACAGAAAUAAUCUACUAGAUGGUAAAAUUUUCGGCAUUGUCCUAGUGGAUAUUUUUGUUAAAAAAGAGUGUUAUAUUGAAAAAAAUCGACUAGAUUUAUUGAAAACAGUCUAUUUCCAGGUGAAACUGGUUAGAAACUCAUAAUUGCAUUUGUCACAAAGACGCAAUCCGUAAAAGUAUCGUUAAACUUGAAUAUCGUUUUUCUUGUUUGCUUGAUUUGAAACAUGGGACAAAUAUGCGUAGAACGGCAAUAUACCCCCUCAAAUCUUUUUAUCUACAGUUGAAUAUUGUCAUGAUUUUUUUGUUGGGAUAUUUAGCUGUACUAGUUUUUAUGUACAAUCUGAGAAAAACGUGAUUUAAAAAAAAUCUAUCGUUGUCUUCUAAUUUUCAAAUCACGGAUCAAAACUGCUCGAACUCUGCUCGAAAUUCAAAAUAUAAUCAAUAUUGUGUACACAUUGACGUUACUAUGUUUAGGGCAGCAGUAAUAAGAGCUUUGAACAGAAGACAAAAUGAAUAAUUUAUCAUACAUGUAAACAAUAACUGUAUGUAGUCUACCCUAGACCUGUGCGCCGACCAUAUCAUCGGCGGCGGCGGCGUUGAAAUUAUUUUACCUUGGCGGCCAUCGGCGCGCCGGCGUGACGCCGUUGGUAUUUCUCACGCGGCGGCGGCGGCGUGUACCGGCGUGACACCAAUUACCACUUCUAAAAUAAUGCGUGUAAUGUGUUCACUCUCAUGUUCGGAUUUUCAAUUUAAUAUAAAUAAAUAAAAAUAUGUUCAUCCGGGUUGACAGGAUGUCAAAAAAGAAAUAAAAAUGGUUAGGAAUCAAGUAAACAAACAAUUUAGCCAUCAGCAAAGAAAUUACUAUCAGCGCGAUAAAAAUAUCCUCGGCGGCGCGCCGACUCGAAAUUACCGGCGGCGGCGGCGUGUGUAAAAGUGUCGGCGGCGACGGCGCGGCGUGGCGGAGCACAGAACUAGUCUACCCUGAUUCACGAAAUAAAUAAUGAUUUACGGCGAACCUGAGUAGAAUUUAAGACCACUUUACAGCCGCUAUUCGCAUAAUAGUCCACUGUGAAAUUUGAGUGUUUUCUCAUUUUUUGCGAGAAUGGGUCAAUUUUGGCAUGCUUUUCAAGAAUAUCCAUUAAAAAAGUAAGGUGUGAUUCUCACAACCUCGAUUUUAAUGUCUAUUCUUGAAGAGCAUGCCAAAAUGGACCCAUUUCCGCUAAAAAAAAACAUUGGACUUUUACAUAGAACUGUUAUGCGAAUAUCGGCAGUUCACGAGAUGCGUUGUAUUCAAAUAGGUGAUUUUAGCAAUUCAAGUCUGAUAUGAGAUCGUUUUUGUUUGUAUCGUUUAUACCGUUGCAGUUGAACGGUUCACAGUCAUUUUCGGCGAAUUUAAGGUUCGCUUUUCUUUUUCGCUCCUUUAUCCAAUUGAGAUGUUUCACGAGUAUUUUUAUAUCCAAUUCUUAUCGUUUUUGCUUCAAAUUUUUUUUAAAUUGGGCUUAAACCACUAUUUUGAUCCAUCCUUUUAUUCAAAACUCCUGCUGGUACAAAAAUAUGAAUUUCCACUAUAUAAUCAUGAACUAACGGGAACUCAUGUCCUGAUCGUCUCGGUGGUUCUGUGCAUGAUGUAAAAUAAUUUUCUCCGCUGUCAUUUUUAGUCUAAGAAGCGUUUUUGAGAUCAAUUCAUGAUAAUUUUCUUUUCUUGCUCUCUGUAAAAUUUAUAAUUAUUGUUUGGCGAAGCUAAAUCCAAUUCGAAGAAACAUUCUUCGCAUUUAGAGGCAUUCUUCGGCAUUUUUAGGUUCAAUAUAUGAGCCGUUGCGGAACAGAGUGGUCUAAAGACCAUUUUUUUCGAAAAUGUGUUUUUUGCAUUAACCGCAUCUACUCAAGAAGGUGAAGUUGUGAGAUUAAGAAAAUUUCGAGAAAUCGAACUUUGAAGCUGAUUUAUACCGUGUUGAAAUUUCGUCCGAAACAGAAUGGCCGUUCUGUUUUGGAACAGAGUGGUCUCUGUAUAUAAAUCGGAGUAAUACUAUCAUGUAACACGUAUCAUGUAGCAUAUUACAUCUGAUAAGUAACAUGUCACUUGUUUUGUACAUGUCACACGUCAUAUGUAACAUGUUACACGUAAUGUAAUGUAAUGUUACACGUGACAUCUUACAUAUGACAUGCUAUAUGUAUCAUAUAACCUGUGACACUAGUUAUUUUAUACGAGUUACCGUCAUUUUCAUUGUCAUUCACCUGGUUUGUGUACAUAGACUACUCUGUUCCGAAACGAUUCUAGGGUUACAGUGAAUUAAUCUAUGAAGUCAGAGUGGUCUAUGUACAUUGUUGAGAUAAAAUCACUAAUUUCGCAAGAAAACUAUUAAUUUAAUGUAUUCCCAUAUUGAACCACUUCAAAACGUUUGUAUUAGGACAUUUUGUUCGAAAGAAUCCGUUGAACCGAAUUUUAUUCAGAGAUUUUUCGAAAAUUGCUACUCCUGAAAAAUUUGCUCGAUGGCACAUAGACCACUCUGUUCCGCAAUGGCUCAUAUGUAUGUUUUCUUCAGUAAUAGCUAAGGAUCUUAGGAGGUAUUUUGCAGUAAUUUUAGGUCUGUUUGUGUGAUAUAGUUUGACGUUUGUGUUUGUGAUGUUAUGUAAUGGAUGUUUUUAUAAUUUCUAACCAGAAGAAAACUUUUUCGAUAGUUCUAAAUACGUUUUGUUUUUGUUAUCUUUUUCAGCUUUCCAACCAUAAUUUUGGUACAUUAUUCUAGCAGUUUGGAGUGUUUUUCCAAAACAAUGAGCCUCAUUCAUCUUCUGUUCGGUGGUUUCAAACUAAAAUCAUUUUUUCCACAUUACUUCUUCAUCAUUUUUUCAGCAGUUUUAGUAUAAACAAGUUUGAAAUCGCUCAAAACCUUUCAUUGUGAUACUGAGCCUAAUUUAGGAUAUUUUUGUUGAUCAUUUUUCUAAACUUCCAGAAGCAUCUCUAAGCCCAAGCUUUGAUCAUUUCAUUGUUUUCACGAUUCCUGAAAUUCACAUAGAAUUUCAUUUUUCAAUUUUUGCCGUUACCAGUUGGUUUCGGAGAUGAGUUCCCCCGUUUUGGAUUUUUUUCCUGCAGUACACCAUGCACAGACAUCAAAUAAAGACACUAAUCGUCGGUUGAUGUCCUGAAGGUAAAGCUUGUGUGAAAAGUUUUUGAUGAUCUCUUUCCAGAAUCAUUCAAACGAAAUUUUUUGCAGGGCUUCUUUUGACUAUUAAUUUAUUAAUUCACAAUAAUUUCACCUGCAGUUUACCCAAAGAAAAUGUGCAAGUAUGUAAAAGUUAUAAAUUUCCAUUAAAAACGUUAAAAAAAAUCAGACGAUUAAAUGACCCACGACGUCAUUCCACAAAACCAGUUGCAACAUUCAACCGGUCUAAUCUAGCAAAAAAAAGAGGGCUGUUUUCGCUUUUCGCCCCCUGUAUUCGAUUACUUCAAACUGUACACAAGGUAAUCUUUCUGUAAAUGAAAUUCGUCUGAUGAAGCGAGCUUCUCCUGGAAGGGAAUGCUCUCAGCCUGUUUGAGGUAUAUAUUUGAAACGCGAAACCAUUCUUGUUGAGCUCUAGAAAUGAUGAACCAAGAAGCAAGAGUUUGUGAAAAGCUGACCUGGGCAGAACGAAGAAUAAAAAAAAAAUGCGUUCGGAACCGUAAAGGUCAGUCCCGUCCGGACGGGCAAAGCUUAGCGGAUUCACGGCACCCCCGCUUUUGUGUGUGAGGUCCAACCCUGAUAAGGCGACAUAUACGGAGGAAAAAAUGAAAUUUUUAAUUUGAUUUUUUUCACUUCCGUUUGCUUUUGUGCUCUUUUUGUGGAAUGAUGAAGGUUCGG